AUGUCAGGACGACAAGGUGGAAAAUUAAAACCUCUUAAAAAGCCAAAGAAGGCAUCAACUGAAAUGUCUGAGGAAGAUAUAGAAUUUAAAAAGAAACAAAUGGAGGAACAAAAAAAGCUAAAAGAAUUAGCUGCUAAAGCUUCCCAAAAAGGACCAUUGGGAGGUACCGGUAUUAAGAAAUCCGGAAAAAAAUAA